GCAAAGGAGGAGGCACCAGUAGUUACACCUUUCCUCUCUGCCUCAAUCUAUAUAUAUAUGCUAAGUGACAGUCACUGGGAAGCCGGCUGCAUGCUUCAUACAUGAAGUGGGAGAGAAGGAGAGAGGUUCUUACUGGACUACCUUAGGCUUCAAGUGCUUUGCAUUGCAAAUACGUUAACUGCAUUCUCUUCCUGAUCUGCAAGAUAAACCGAUCUGGUUUGUGAACCUGCUGGUGGAUGAGAGAAGUCUUGUAGCCUCUGGAGGUAGUAGCACAGAAGUGAUGAGCUGGGAAAGGCUGGUGGAGCUCUAAAUCAGCUUACUUGGCAUUAUACAUCUGGACUUUUCAUUUGCAAAGGAUCCGAUUGUGUGCCUUGGCUGUAUUGUCUGGGAGCAGAUCAUUGCUGCAAGGAGACCACCAUCACUACAGGAAAGAUAUCCAAACACACUGCAGAAACCAUGAUGCAAAUAUCUGACACCUACAACCAAAAGCAUUCCUUGUUCAAUGCCAUGAACAGGUUUAUAGGUGCAGUGAACAACAUGGACCAGACUGUGAUGGUGCCCAGUUUGCUAAGGGAUGUUCCUCUGGACAUGGAGGUAAAAGAAGAGGUGGUCAACAAUAGCAAUGGGGCAGCCAACUACUACAACAGGAGAGACAUGCACGGCUACUACAUCCUGCUGAAAUCCAUCAGGAAUGAUAUUGAGUGGGGGGUCCUGCAGGGUGAGGACAGAAAAAAGGACAAAAUAACCAGCAUGGACAUUAGCAGGCUGGAGGAUGCAGAUGGAGAAGAGGACCUGGAGAAGCAGUUCCACUAUCAUCUCAAUGGACUCCACAUUGUCCUCAGCAAGCUAACGAGAAAAGCCAACAUCCUCACUAACAGAUAUAAAGAAGAAAUUGGAUUUGGAAGCUGGGGACAUUGAUGUCUGACACUAAUUGUUGUUUCAUUAUUAUUAUUAUUAUUAUUAUUACAGGAGUGGUGGGAUGCGGACUGUUUUUAUAUAAUUAUUUUUCUAUGUUCUCUUGUUUUGCUGAGGGUUUAGAGUGUGCAAUAGAGUAAAAGACAAUGGAAACAUGGAUUAGAAUUGAUACAAAGAAACCUUCUGAUUGACUACAGCUAAUUUAGAUUGCCAAGGCACAAAAGGGUAGGGCGGAGAUCUAAACUACAAGAGUGUAACAACAUUUCCUGUAAUACACCCCACAGUGUGUCAUUAUUUGUGCAGUGAAUAAGCACCUCUUCACGACUGCACCUGUUAACCCUUUGGCUGCCAAGAGGCUAGCACAAUCCUUUCUGGCUAAUAACCUAACGAUUCUUAUGUCCUUUUCUGAUGCAACUGGGCCAGUGAUUGCAACGGAUAACACCCAAAGUGGGUUAUUGAAAGGGUUAACUAUACUUAAUAAUCAAAGUAGUCAACACACUAAUCUUUAACGGAACCUGAGUUUAAGUGGAAGUGUACCUUGUUUGUUCAGUUCUGGGGUGUCUGGUUUUAGGGGAGCUGUUGGUUGCCUAUGGAUGGGGUGUGGUAGAAGAGAAUGCUACUGAAUAUUGCAUCAGGCAGCCUUUCCUGUUUUGCACUAUUUAUUUUGUAUCUAAAGACAAUGUAUAUAUGUAAUGCUUAUUUUUUGCACUGUCCAAUCCAUGGUUGAAUUUCUACAAGGUUUGCUAUAAAUGCAGAUGGCAUGUUCCCUUUGUGUGAUCUCUUGGCAAGCACCUACCAUUGUCUUGAGAACUUACAGAAUUACCAGGCAACUGAGGCACCUUUAUGACCAAUGACAGCAGCAGCUUGUAAAUUCGAACCAUCUUGGAACUAAAUGACACAUCUAAUACAUGUUUCCUUAAGAUGUUGAAAUGUUCCUUUUACUCAUGAUCGUACUAACGCAGCUUUUUUUAAUUUCACUGUAUAUUAUAUUUUAAUAAAUUCACAAAAAAAUGUUUUAA